CGCGGGCCAUGGCCUACGCCGCACAACUUGGAGCCCUCACUGAGGAGCUCAUCGAAGCCGUCACGGGGCUUUCUCGCAAGACAAGAUCGAGGCGCUACAAAGCCAUCUACGACGCCACGCUGCAGAAGAUCAAGUCGCAGGCAUAUCUCCGCAUCAACCAGUUUGAAGUCCAGCACACCCUUGACGGGCUUGAGGAGCGCUUCCGCGUCAACAACCGCGAUGACCUCGCCGACGCAUUCCGCGACAGCCUGGAUCGGCUGGAAGAACACGAGACAAAGUGGCACCCAGAGAUACUGGCUUUGCUCUUAGGCUUGUCCGACCAGCCGACAUUCAAGACGAAACUCAGCGACCUGGAUGCUGUGCGACAGCGUGAGGAACGGCAAGCACAGGUCUUUAGCUGGGAAGACGUCGCGCGUGAAGAUGGCUGGGAUGAGGACGACCUUCUCUGGCAGACGAUCGAUUACAGCCGUAAUUCCGACGACGAUGACGACGACGAUGACGACGAACCUGCCCAAGAUGAGCUCGACGACGAAACACUCCUUGACGUGCCGCUCAUUUACGCCUACGAUAUCGAUCAUAGUCUGCACAAAGAGGGCAGAACUGCCACCGACUGCAUCAUCCAGCCCGAGGAUACGGAGCUGCUCAAGGCGCUUCAGUCGACGCAGCAAUGGCGGACCGAGGUACCCCAAAAAGACGACAUAGGGGCCGUCCAGAAGAUUGCCAUUUCGGAGACGCAUAUCGUGAGGGAAAUCCUCUUCAUGCUGCAGGGAUUGAAAACGUCCCUUUUCAACGACACCACUGGCUUGCCGGACCCAAAUUACUAUAUGCAGCACGUCAGUUGGGAAACGUACAAGGCUGUGAUCCACGGCAUUGCAGAGUCUGGCUGGCGCAUCCUGCUGCUUCGGCGGUUUGUGAGCCACCCGCAGGCCAUCCCGCAUCUCCAGGCGUUCCAAGACUGCAUCGCAAAACGACUGCGGGAGUUUGACAUCAAGCUGUCGGAAAUCGAAGCUCGCCUAGCUGCCCCUUCGGACGAGGUCAUGUUCACGCUGUUGUCUGUCCACGGAGAAAUUGCGCCUUGGUUGCAGCCCCUGCUUGUCUUGUCCAACAUCAUAGCGCAGAUUCAGGAGACGGCCAGUUCGGAUACGUUCCGGUAUCUCGAGCUCCUGUACGACGAGACGACGCUGGCACAGCUCAGGGGCGACACGUCCACGUACGAGUUUCUUGCCCGCAUCUUCCUCGACUGCUUCCAGGUCUACAUUCGUCCGAUCCGCCACUGGAUGGACGAAGGGCGCAUCUCGUCGGAAAACGAAAUCUUUUUCAUACUCGAGAGUCCCAACAAAGUGCCCAUGAGCAAUAUAUGGCAAGAUCGAUUCAAGCUCCGCCAAACCGCAGAUGGCACAUUGCAUGCUCCAAAGUUCCUCAAGCCCUCUGCACACCGGAUAUACAAUGCCGGAAAGAACAUUGUUGUGCUGCGACUGCUGGGCAAGUAUGAGCUGGGCAGCUCGUCUCUUGUCGAGGAGCCGUCUCUCGCUUUUGAGCACGUCUGCCCGGAAGGACUCGCCCUCGCCACGUUUCCAGACCUCUUUGGUGCGGCCUUUAAUCGAUGGAUCCAAAGCAAGUAUCGCAAAACAUCAACUACGCUGAAGGACGCUCUAUUUGAACAGUGCGAGCUCUCCUCGUCAUUGGAUGCGCUGCAGGCGCUCUACCUCAUGUCGGACGGACAUGCCGCUGCCUCUUUCACGGAUCAGUUGUUCGAUAAGCUGGAAAACUUGAACCCGGUGUGGUAUGAUCGGUUUGCCCUCGUCGGGACUGCUCAGGACGCCUUUAUGCCGCUGGUGGACGUCAGCCGCCUAUCUGUGAGCGUUCACGUCCAGGGCACGCGCAUGACGGUGACGGAUGCUCGAGGCUCGAUACGGGCUGCUCUACCGCAUCUUAAGGUCGACUAUCGACUUUCAUGGCCGGUUCAGAUUGUGGUCUCGGAAGGGAGCAUGGAAAAGUAUCGAGCCAUCUUCACCUUGCUCCUGCAGCUCCGACGAUCGAUUCACAUCCUCCACAAGCCCAAGAUACUCGACAACUACAUGACCGACAUGGAAGUCUGGGACGAGCGCGCCCUCUUCUACACCGCGCGCGGGAAGCUACUUUGGUUUUGCACCACGGUCCAGUCAUACCUGGCAACGCUCGUCCUGGAACCCAACGAGCGGGCAAUGCGCCGCGAGCUGAUGAUGGCCGAAGACGUCGACUCCAUGAUCUCGGUGCACGCCGCCUAUCUGGAGCAGAUGAUUGAGCAGGCCUGUCUGGGGAGCAAGCUGGCGCCCGUUCGCGAGCGCGUGCUCGACGUCUUGGACCUGGCCAUCAGCCUGGAGCUGGCGCGCGAGGGGAAAGCCGCGUAUGACGGAAGCGCGCCUUCUCACCUCUUCAGGAAAGAGGAUGAGAGCGGUGAGGGAGAGGAGGUGAGGGAGGAGGGGCUGACGAGCGAGGAUUACAUUGAAUGGCUGGAGGAGAUCAACGCCGAUUUCGAGGAGCAUCUGGGCUUUAUAUGUCUGGAGCUGAAGAGUGCUGCGAGGGCGUCGAGUGAUGCGCAGUCUGCCAAGUGGGAUAUCUUGGCGGAUAUGUUGCAAGCAGGCGAUUUCAGAAACAGGGGAUGA